GAGCUUUCAUUAAGGUGGUCCCGGUAACAACAAAAAAUUUUGCGAGCAAGUCGUUGCUUAAUCGGGCAUCAUGGACAUUAAUUUUAAAGGAAAGCGUGCUUUAGUUACUGGUGCUGGAAAAGGGAUAGGUCGCAGUACUGCUAAGAUGUUAGUUGAAUGUGGUGCUGAGGUCAUCGCUUUAUCACGAACUCAAGCCGACUUAGACAGCCUAAAAGAGGAGGCACCAACAAUUCAGACAGUUUGUAUUGAUUUGUCUGACAUUGAGGCUGCAGUGAAGAAAGUAAAUAGCCUUGGUGAUAUAGAUCUUUUAGUAAACAAUGCAGGAAUUGCAUUAUUGGAUCCUUUUGAAGAAAUCAAGAUGGGAGAUUUUGACAAGAUAUUUUCAGUGAAUGUGAAGGCACCUCUGUUUAUUGCACAGGCUGUUUCAAAAAGGAUGAUUGCCAAAGGGAGUGGAGGAGCAAUAGUUAAUGUUUCCAGUCAGGCUUCAAUGAUAGCUUUAAAAGAUCACACUCUGUACUGUUCUACAAAGGCAGCUAUGGAUAUGUUUACAAAAACAAUGGCAUUAGAACUGGGCCCUUACAAGAUCAGAGUAAAUGCUGUGAACCCUACUGUUGUGAUGACUGAUAUGGGAAGGAUCGGUUGGUCUGAUCCUGCAAAGGCAAAGCCAAUGCUAGAUACAAUACCACUUGGAAGGUUUGCAGAAGUAGAGGAUGUUGUUCAUGCCAUUCUUUAUCUCUUAAGUGAUAAAGCUGGUAUGGUUAAUGGAACUAUGUUGCCUAUUGAUGGAGGGCGUCUUGUUCAAUAGACAGGCUACACUGUACAUUAGACUCUAAGACUGUUGAUAGGAAACUUAAUCAGGCUCUCUGUAAUAUAUAUUGUACAAAUGGAAUGCACAUCCUAUAUGUUUGUGGUUAGUUUUAUUUUCACUCAAAUGUUAUGAAAGAAUGAAAAAAUGUCUUAUUUACAAAUUUAUGGUGAAUAACAAAUGUUUAUAUUUAGUAGUGGUAAAUAAAAUAAAUAAAGGUUUU